AUGCCUGUCAGCGCGUUUUCAGCACGUCUUGUGACAGCGGUGGCCGAUCAUGUUCGUUUCUUUGCAGCAGUUUGGCUAUCGGUUCGAUGGGCUACUGGCAGUGCCUCCGAGGAUGGCCACCUGACGAUGGUACCCUGGAAGACGGGCAUCAUGUGUGCCGGUCUUGUAACUACCCAUACUAUCAUGGAAAUGUUUUAUGGGUUGGUUCUUCUAGGUCCUGAAUCACUUGCAUCUGUCAAGCGACAACAGGUUGCAAUGGAUAUUCAAAACAAAGCAUUGAUGACAUCUCUUGUUGGUCUCAUUUUGCAUUUGGCAAUCUUGGCUGCCGGAUUGUCCUAUUGGGGGGUCUUCGGUCCUGUCUUUGUUUCGGAAAGCUCGACCACCGGUACCUGGAUGGAUGAUUUGGAGGUCUGGAUGAUGGCUCUAGUGCAACCGUACGCCGAGUUUUGGGCCAUUUGCGUUCUCAAGGACUGUUUCAGCAUGAACAUUCUACACCGAAAGAUGCACAACAAGAAUCAUCAAUUUCUCCAUUCAAUCCACGAGCUGCAUCAUAACUACGCCAUCAAUUUGAACAACAUUAAUGGAAGCCAGAUCGACCCACUCGAUUUGUUCCUAGAAAACAGCAUUGGUCCAUUCUUGUUGGUCUGUGCAAAGUGGGCCUUGGGAUUGACACCACAGGUUUCGUUUCUGGCCUUCUACACCCUCGUAUCCAGUGAAGGCAGUACUCAUUCCUUGAAUCCAUACUCUGUUUGUUACUACUUCCCUCCUGCGGAUGCCAUCCUCAAGGGAAAUAUUGGACACAAUCUACAUCAUGCCAAACCGCAUACUAAUUUCACUGCGCAUCCAUGGCAUCAUCUCUGGAAAGGAUACCAAAAAGACGUGGAUACCUACAACCAUGUCAUGAAGACGCAAGUCCAGCUUUGA